AUGGCUUCCGCUAACACGUGGUAUCAGAGCGCAUGGUUAGAAAACGAAGAAUUAGGAUCAGAAUUAAGUGAUCCUGGGAAGAUACGGAUGAAGAAGAUGGAAAACAAACACGGGAAGAGGCGAGAAACAAAUAGCGACUCCGAUUAUAUGAGUCCCCGAUUACGCGCGAUUGCAAUCUUGAAACAAGAGAUUGCAAUAAUGGAAUUGCAAUAUGAAAUUGCAUUAAUGGAAUACGAAUCGGGACGUCACGAAGAUAAUGAAGAUGCAGGCGAAGUAAUGACACGGAAAGAGGAAGACGAUUCCGAAAGGAAUGUUUUGGCCUGUAAAGAUGUUCAAAAACUGAACGGUAAGAUGCAGGAAGACAGGGACGGUUAUUACAAUAGAGAAGGCGACAAGGAUACGGAAUCAAGAGAGAAAUCGGAAAUUAACCGAAAGCAUCACAAGAGAAAACAAAAGGAUGAUGAAGAUGCAAAGGAAACAGGGAAUGAUCAUAAAGAAGAAGAGGAAGAGAACACAGGGGAUAACCGGUCACCGACACCGGUUAUGAAAAAAAUAGACAAGAAUCAUAAUGGAUUGUUCUUCAUAGAUGAUACGAAAAUUCAUGAUACAAAGAGAAGGAAAAUUAAAAAAGAAUAUUUGAUCAAAAGAAGGAAAUUGGUAGUCUCUGUUUUUUGA